CAGAAGUGCAAUUCCUCUUGUGAUACCACACGGCAGCAUCGUUUAUUCAACCUUCCCAUGCAGUGCUGCUCACAGCACUGAGAGCUUUCCGAGGACCAUCAAGUGCAAAGAAGCCUCUCUCAGAACAUCCAUAGGGGACAGUGGCAGAAGUUCUUGAGCAGAUCUCUGCUCAUUGGAAUGACUUUGAUGAGGUCUGACAACACCAGCUUCCCCUUAAUCUGGCUCCCAGGAGAACAUCAGAAAUACAACGACCAUCGUGCUAGCCUACAUACUGCCUGAGGAUGAUGGUUGUUGCAUCCUGAGUGCGCCAGGUUGAAGGGAAGCUGACUAAUAUAAAGGGGGAAGUGUACACCAGUUCACUGAAGGUCAGCAAAGAACUUUGCGUAAGAGGUUUUUUUCCCCACUAGAAAAGUCCAUCAGUGGAACUGCCCAUGUCUAGUGGACACUGAUAAGAAGUGAUGUGAUUCCUGGGAAAGGUACUGCAAUCAUGAUUUUCAGAAGCAUAAACAGUCUUCCCUGGACAGCCCUUUCUGGGAGAUACUGAGAAGGCAAUACUCAAGACAGCUGGACUGAAAAGCAGAAGCAGCAUUCGCAUCGCCAUGAGGCAGGAAGAGCAGUAUCCCAAUGACACAGUGCUAAGUACCAACUUUGCUGCAAUCUACAGCCACCACAGUGGAGAUUUUACCUCUUACCAAAACUUUGCUUUCCCCUUCAACUUCAGCUACAGCGACUAUGAUUUGCCCUUGGACGCAGACGAUGAUGUGACCAAGACCCGCACUUUCUUUGCUGCUAGGAUUGUCAUUGGCAUGGCACUGGUGGGUAUUAUGUUGGUCUGUGGCAUUGGCAACUUCGUCUUCAUUGCGGCCCUGGCCCGCUAUAAGAAGCUCCGCAACCUCACAAACCUUCUCAUUGCAAACCUGGCCAUCUCUGACUUCCUCGUGGCCAUCGUCUGCUGCCCCUUCGAGAUGGACUACUAUGUAGUGCGGCAGCUCUCUUGGGAACAUGGCCACAUGCUUUGUGCCUCUGUCAACUACUUGCGCACUGUCUCUCUCUACGUCUCUACGAAUGCCCUCCUGGCUAUUGCUGUAGAUAGGUACCUUGCCAUCGUUCAUCCACUGAAACCUAGGAUGAAUUAUCAAACUGCAACCUUCCUUAUCGCUGUGGUGUGGGUUGUCUCUUUAAUUGUGGCCAUCCCUUCUGCAUAUUUUGCAACUGAGACGGUACUAGUCAUGAUAAAAAACCAAAAGAAAAUUUUCUGCGGCCAGAUUUGGCCAGUGGACCAGCAAAUAUAUUACAAAUCCUAUUUCCUGUUUAUCUUUGGUAUUGAGUUUGUUGGGCCUGUCCUCACCAUGACUCUCUGCUAUGCCCGCAUCUCACAGGAGCUUUGGUUUAAAACUGUCCCAGGCUUUCAAACAGAACAAAUCAGGAAGAGGCUUUGCUGCAGAAGGAAAACCGUGUUGGUCCUCAUGUGCAUCCUGACUGCCUAUGUCCUCUGCUGGGCACCUUUCUAUGGCUUCACAAUUGUCCGUGACUUCUUCCCGACUGUGUUUGUGAAGGAGAAGCACUACCUGACAGCCUUUUACAUAGUCGAGUGCAUUGCCAUGAGUAACAGCAUGAUAAACACCAUGUGCUUUGUAACGGUGAAGAACAACACCAUCAAGUACUUCAAGAAGAUCAUGCUUCUCAGAUGGAGAUCUACCUACCAUGGGUCCAAGUCGAGCAUUGAUAUGGACAUCAGAACAAGUGCCAUGCCUGUCACAGAAGAGGUGGACUGCAUUAGGCUAAAGUGAAGUCCUGCCAUGUGUCU